AUGAGGCUCAUCGACGGCGAUUUUUCAGAUUCAAACGCACGCUCCGAUUCCGACUCAAGUCUUCUUUACUCCGCCUUCCUCGCCGACCUCGGUCAACAAGAUCUGCGCUCCAUUUCAGGUUUACGUGAGGACCUGAAUAACAUCAUCUCACAGUACCGCCCGGAGACGGCGGAUCACAUCCGUUUAACAUACGUUACUGACGGGCCACGACUUAACCAAGUCCGCAAGAUGAUGGUCCAAGACCUCACCGAGGCUGAUCGGCUUAAGGCGCGCAAUCUGACCACUGCCCGAAGCAAAAAGAGAUGCAUCGAAUCUAUCACCCGUUAUCACGACGAACUGGACAAUCUCUGUAGCGGACGCAUAUGGCUUCCCAAGGGCAUUAACGUUGAUACCAUUUCGUACGACGCCAUUCUUAAUAUUCGCAAGAUUGUGAAGCGGUGUAGAGACAACAAACGGGACCCGGCAGACCUUUGGGGCCCUGGUGGAGAUCUGCAUGAUGUUCCUUAUACGAAAAAGCCGUUAGACGCCGUGUGGAAGCGUCUUGUGAAGAAUUCUGAUGAGGUCCCUAGUGAUAGUGGCCCAAAGGAAGACGAGUGUCCCGAUCUUUCUGAAGAGACUCUCAACGCAGACCCUCCCCAGAAUAAAGACCCGUUGAUAGAUGAUGGUCUUGGUCGGCACGUUGAGUCAGAAACCAAUUCGGUAUCUGAGUGCACUGGUUUUGGAGGGCUAGGAGACUACAAUGACGAAGAGGUUUGCUACCAUACUGCCCACCCGCUGGGCGCACUUACUGACAUCUAUUUUUCGCAGUCGGACAACCAUGACAUUGAGGACCCUGAACAUGGUCGUCGCUCAUCGCCUGACAAAGACCAGUCCAACUUUCCAUCUGGGCUGUCAGAGGACAACCCUCCCGAUAUAUUUGACGACUUAGAAGACCCUUCGGGCAGCAGUCCGCUCUUUCGACGCCUAUCUACUAAUGUGCAGAUCCGACCAAACCAUCGAGUCAUAACAUCGACGUUAGUAGCGCCACAAAAGCCCGCGACGCCAGAACCGCCUCUGAUUCAAGAACUACCCGUGACGCCAGAAAGACCCACGCCAACUCUUCAGCUAGCGACAACGCCUCAGCAAGCGACAACCCUUGAUGCAGUGUCCCCGAAACGGGCAGAACCUCAAAGUCCCGUGUCGGCAUCAAGCCCCAAGCGACAACGUCUAGCUGCUCCAGCGCAGUUUGCGCUCAAGUCAGCUCACGGCUUCAAUAUUGACUGUUUGAGAGACGGCAAACUGGUUGAGGGAACAGUCAUUGCUGAAGUUCUCCGCGCUGCCAAUGAUAUCUUUCCAUUCUCGACGGUGGUUCUCGACCCCCUUUUGUUCAAGGACAACCCUCUCCCGAACAGUGUCCGCAAACGUCUUGCUGCUGAGCCUACCGCUAUCGUCCUCGCACCCAUAAACCUUCUGUCGAAGGCCAGGCACUGGGUUCUGGUGGUAAUCACUCGUCCGAAGGGUUCGAUUAAUGUCCUAGAUUCCUUACCCGAGGCGACUUGCGAGGAGGAGCUGCGGACUAAACUGGAAAGCCUCUUGGCCCUGAUGGAGAACCAGGACGACAGAGACCAAUCUCACCCACAUUUUGGGUACUCAGCCUGCCCUAGGCAAAUUAACGGGGUCGAUUGUAGAAUAGCGACCAUUGUCAAUGCUUUGCACCUUAUGGCAGGCUUCCCAAUCCCUCAAACGACCGACUAUGCCAUCUGGCGACGCAUCUUGACUGCAUUUUGCGCAGGAAAUAGAAUGGACUCCUCCUUGUCGGAGCAAUUCGCUAAGCCACCCAGUAUCAGCAAUAAUAUUAAUAGUCAGCCUCCAGAAGCCCCCGCCCUGGGAACCAAGGCAGACUUCGCAGCCUGGGCAAAAGAUUUAGACACCUACAAGCAGGACAUCAUGAACUCUGUCCAAAAACAGCAGGAUGCAUGGGUUGUCGCAAGAGAGCGAGUGGUUGCUGUUCUCGAGGACGCUCUCGGUUUAUGCAAUGGCUUUGACGGCAUCGAUGGUGCGGAUGCAUUUGAUGGAAAGAUCAGCGGUUAUCUUUCCGCCAUUCAGGGCCUCAAAAUGGUAGGCCCUACUGAGGAGGCAACAAUAAGCAGAUUAAAGGCCAAGCAUCUUCAACUGCUAGCCAUGCGUCAGCGGCAGAUGGAGGUUAGAAUGGCCUUCAUUCGGGUCAGGGAGGACUUAUACCACGAGUAUGGACGGAUCGUUGAGACGACUGUAGAAUUACAGACAAUGCCCAUGCUGCUCGGUACCUUUAAGUCUGCCGUCGAAAUCGAUAUUUCAGAUGAGAUAUUCCACGAUGCCAACUACUAA